AGUGGUGCGGGGACUGCGGAGUGGCCUCUGGGAGGACGGGCUCCCCACUCCCAGGGGGCGGCAGCGGAGUCUGGAGCUGCAUUCGCUCCUACGUGUCGUGUCCUCACUUCGAGGCAGAGCCGAUGGGACUCAUAACUGCCCGGUGACGCAGCUGCCGCCCCUGCGCUAGUGGCCCCAGCCCUGAUGUCUGGUGUCUCUUCCCGGCUGGCGCAGCCCGACCCGGAGGCCCUGCUGAAGCGGUGACCCCUCCAAGUGGCAGGGGCAGAAGAUGGUACCGGCCGGCCCUGGGCUGGAGGAGCCCACGCCCGAGCCCGCCUACGUGGACGUGGACAAAGGGCUGACCUUGGCCUGCUUCGCCUUCCUCUGCCUCUUCCUCGUGCUGAUGGUCAUUCGCUGCGCCAGGGUCAUCGUGGACCCCUACAGCGCCAUCCCCACGUCCACCUGGGAGGAGCAGCACCUGGACGACUGAGCCGGUGGGGCUCUGGGGGCAAGGGGGCCCUCAAAGCUGCUCUGCGUCCCCGGCCGCCUGCACUGCCCCCGGGGUGGAGAUGCCCCCAUAGCCUUUCCUGCUCUCAAGCCGCAGAGUGGACGCCCAGGGCGGGGGGCCGUGGGGCGGCCAGUGUGCAGGGGAGAGCUCUGGGCCUGCAGGCAGGGGCCAGGGGCCAGUGGGGGGGGUCCCCGUACCACUUCGGGGUGGGGGUGGUGCCCUUCCCCGGCUCCUGUGCCCCUUUUGGGACUGGACCCAGGACGCACGCCUCCGUCGCCCGGCAGCGGUCCCCUUUUGAGGAGACUCUGCCCUUAGAGGGGCCAGAGCCCCCAGCUCACAGCCCCCCGCACCCAGGCCCCUUCCUGGGGGGGCGCAGGCGGCCGCGCCUCACCCCAGAAUCCCCCUGAGGCCCCGGGGCUGUUUUCCAGCACUAUUUUUUAAAACUAAAACAGAGAGGGGUAUAUUUUUCCUGUUACAAAUGAAAUGUGCACUUUAGAAAUUUGGCGAGAAAAUAGAAGGAAGGGGGAAGAAUGCUUCAGUCUGCCUCCCAGGGGCGGCCACUUUGACCCAUUUUCUCCCAGCCUUUUUUACACGUUUCUAAGUAGUCAGACACAUACCAUGGGCACACUGCGGUCCCCAGAGGCCCCAGGGCCGCCCCUUCCUGCUCCCAGUGGCCUGCUCGGGCCUCCGGCUGCUCCUCUCCUUCUGUCCUGCAUUCACUGCCUGCUGCCAGCUCCCCACCCAGUUCUCCCGCCACUCGCCUCCGGCAGCGCCCCAUCUGUGGGAGGAAAGGGGGGCAGGAAGGCCUGGGUCCCAGCCCCAGGGUUCCUUGCAGGCUGUGUGACCUUGAGCAAGUCCCCUCACCUCUCUGGGCUCCCAUCCCUCGUUGUAUUAUGGGGGGAGAGCCUUGCCCUUCCCCCUUUUGUUCUGUGCAGGCCUCACGUGGAUGAGCUUUGCCUAUAAACGGGGGUGAGUUGUUGUCGAGGGCUCACCCUGGGGCCCCUCCGCCCCUUCCACUGCAGCAUCUGUAACUAUCUUGGACCAGAGCCCACAGACCUGGUCCCAAGUCCCAUCUCCUUUUCUUCUUUCCUGUAUGACCCCAAAUAACUCACCGAGCCUCUUUGAACCCCAAAUUUCCUCACCUGUCAAACAAGGAAGUAAAAUCUACCUCGCAGGCUGUUAUGAGGUGAAUGGAGAGCGUGCGCCAGCGUUAGUGUCCUUCCUUCUUCCCCCACCCCGCAGGGAGCCAGGGGUCUGAGCCGGAGGAGCAGAGGUCGUGGGAGCCCCUCCCUGCAGAGCCAGGAGCCUGGGCCCUCCUCAUACCCCCAGGCUCGUCCCACAGCCCAGUCUCUGUGCCAGGACCACCGGCCAGCAGAGCACACAUGGCGGCCUCCCCAGCACCUGGUCAAGGGACACGGUAUCUACGAUGUACAGACAUGCCACUGUCAUCACGUUUCCUGACCAUAUGCAGAUAAACUAGACCUUCCCCUACCCUGGAGGGGUGUCCCCCCAAGCCUGGCCCACCAGUCCCCCCAGAACAGACCUGUGGCUGUGAGGGUGUUCAGGGCUCCCUUCCCACCACCUGCAGCCCAGCCCUGGUCACCUGGGAAGUCUCCACAGCCCUGUCACCAGUGGGUGACCCUGGAAGGGAGCAAGGCCACCACUGGGUGGGGGGCACUGCAGGGCACACCCAGCUGCUCCCACUGUGUGGGAUGCACAAAGGGACAGCUGCGGAAGCAAAGGGGCACUGGUUCACUCGCGGCUCUGCCUUGGGGGACAGUCAGAGCACGGCCAUGCGCUCCAGGCCCGGUGGCAGCCUACCCGCCCACCCAGACACCCACCUCUGCUCAAAAGCCCAUCAGUGGGGCCUACAGGGUGUAAAUGGGCAGCCCAGGCCAGUUCACCCCGGGUCCCAGCGAACGAGGGGGCUUGACCUCACCUGGAGACCCUCCGGAGCUCUCAGGGGCAGAAACAGGUGACCUUGGGCCGGGCUUCUCAAACCCCGAUGAAGGGCAAAGGGCACCUGGACAAGUGAAGAGCUUGUCAAGCAUCCAAAACCAUGUCCCUGGCCCCCAGACCUGCAGGACCAGGACCCCAGGGUGGGCCCAGCGACUAUCAGCCAGACUCCAAGAGAUUUGCAAAGCAGCGUCCCUGGGAAUCCCUGGUCCCAGUUCGCUUACCCACACCUCGAUGUGCCCACAUCACCCACCCUCUCGCGUGACUCUGUGGCAGCAGGAGCUGCUAACAUUUAAGAACAGAUGGAAAGCUUAAAAAUCACUCCCAUCCGAGCCUCCAACAAAACGGGUUUUCCUCAUAAUCCCUGUCUGUGUGCAAGAUGCAUUUCCUCAUCAAUACUGUCAGCUGCACGAUUUACAUCACAUAACGUCCGUCACGAGCGUGUUUCCACUCCAGUCUUCCUGUUUGCCAGCUCAGUGGCUGUAAUGCUUGCCACCUAGCAUGUGUGCAUGAUUAUCCAAACUCCUGUUUGGGCCUCAGAUUGCUUUCAUUUUCCAUGUUAUACAUGUGCCCCGAGAUGAAAGAAGAAAACAAAUAGGAUGAAGCUGGGAGUUUGCCCGGGACCGUGGAAACUAAAUAUUUCAACUAUACCCUCUGGCCUAGGGAGAACGAUGUCUAAGCAUUCGUUCAGUCACAUUGAGGGGAAAACACCAUGGCACUGAGGGCGCCUGCGGUGCUCUGGCUGCCAGAGGACGGGGAGGGGGACGGUCCUUUGUGGCCGGCGGACCUUCGCCCGUUUGUGGCUACUGAGAUGAUCUGGGGCUGUGGGUGGAGACAGAAACUGUCAAGCAACAGGAAUUAACAGGAUUUUUGAAGACUGGCGGAUGCAGAGAGAGAAGCCUGUGCAGCACAGCCCAGGACUCAAGGGAAAAGCAGGCCAGAGAGAGGCCCCUGCCGCAGGUGGGGUGGGCUUUCCGACGCGGCGCCCAGGGGCCGGCUUCUGGGAGCCGCCUGUCCUUUGUUCUGCUGCCGUCCUAACGUCCCUCCGAACCCUCAGGAAAGCCCGAUGCAUGGUCUGCUUUGUGGCGGUGGCAGGUGGGCAUGAUGAGGGCACCUGGAAUGGGCCCAGGGAAGGGCUGCACCCCGGAAAGGAGCGGGAGGGAGCAGAAACCGGCAGAGACAAGAAGCCGGACGCCUCCCUGGGGAAACGUGGCCCCUGGGGUGCCCCGCCGGCCGACGAGAGACAGGGACCGAGCUCUUCCAGCCUGGCUUACCAACUCCCCUCUCCUCUAAUCCGUUUCUCCCAGGAGGUCGCUCAAAGGUCUACGUGGUCUUAUUGAGUGGAAAUAACCAUGUUUCCCUCUCUUAUAAAAUUGUCCCUCUCAAACAAGUUCCAAGAUGAUGCUGAAGCUGCCGGUCUGAGAACCACAUGCCGAGAGGCCCUGUUCUGAUAGGCCGCCAGCACCUUACACCUGCCAGAGGCUGGGAUGACCUCUUCUGGUAAUGACGUCACGCCCAGAACAGCCUCUAAGAGUGGCGUCUUCACUGUUCAUGCAGAUCUCGGAUCACUCUAGGCCCCAUCUGGGGUUUGCCCCAGACAGACAGGUGAGUCGUGAGGAUGGGAUCAGAAUCGCCUCCUGCAUCCCUCCAGUGUGAUGGAGGCACAGUCCCCUGAAGAUGCAGCCCUGCUUCUGGUCAGACCCUGACUCUAACCUUUAAUCCUGAAGCCUAACCCUGACCCUGACCCCUGCUCCUGCCCCUAAAUCCUGCCCCUGAGGGGCUUCCAGGGGGGCCUUCUACCAUAACAGUGUCUCUCCAUGGCCAGAAAACCAACAUGAUUACAAAGCUUUGCUGACUGUCCGUCCCAGGACCAGGGAAAUAACCGUGGGACGGGUCUGCCAUCCCACUGGGCCCGCUAGGAGCAGCCCUCAGGCCACCUGGCUCUCAGAAGCCCCACUCCGGCCAGUAGGUCACCGUGAAACUCGGCCAGAUGUGGGGGACUGACUUUAGUUCUGGGCUAGUUCCUAACAGCCGCAGGGUCUGAACCAGCCGCGUGUGAGACUCGCCCCCACAACCCCACCUCCCUGGGCCUCCGGGCUCUUUCCUCCUCUGCUGAUUCCAGCGGGAUUCCAGGCACCACCCCUCACUGAUGGCAGGUCACCUCCGGGAUUUAGAUUUCAAUCAACCUAGCCGCCCGCGGGUGCCUGAGCCAGCAUCGCAUCCAGAGCCCUGUGAGGGUCGUCAGCUCUUCCCUGUGUUUGUCUGCCUCGCCUAAGUGUCUUGCCGCUGGAUUUCAGCCCUGGACAAGUUCACUAUGGAUUCAAUGGGACCGAAAAAUGACAAGGAACAUUCCUGGGGUGAAAGGGUUACCCAACCUGAUUUCCAUGGCGGCAGGUCAGUCACUAGAACCCCGUCCACUCAGAGCGAGUCUGCACGCAGCAAGCCGGGCUCUGCCCCCGGGCUUCUCUGCCCCCGGGCCUCUCCGCCCCACAGCCACCCCACUCUCUGCCCUCGGUGCUGCCCCCACUCCAGCCUCUGCUCUCCUGCAGCCGUGCAGCCCGGAGCACUGGGCGGAGCUUUCUAGAGUCAGUAACAAUGUAUUGCCCGCACGUGUGCAGUGAGCAAACAGGCCAGGGCCGGGGGAGAAUCCUGGCCACGGGAACCUUCACCUUCUCCCCACUAAGUCUCCCAGCAUCCAUCCCCAUCUGGGCUCCCCAGACCCCCGCUGGUACAAAAUGGCCGGGCAACUUCUGCUGUGUUCUGCUGAUGACCUUGCAUUAUUCCCUCUGGUACCGUGGGCUCCAGCUCUAGUUACGGGCUGGAGGCAAGACAGGUGUGUGUGUGGAAGGGUGGAUCCUGAGCCUGCCCCAGGUGGAGUCACUGGCAGGUUCAUGUGGGAAGAGGCUGCUUCCCGUGGACAAGAAAGGCCCAAAGGAACCUGCAGGGUGGGGGGCAGGGCAGGGAGGCCCCUGCAUGUCUGUCUGCAGCAGGGACGGGGGCCCUGGCCCCCACCCAGGCUGGCUGGUCCCGGACGCUGUGAGUCCAGCCCACCGCCUGACCUGCAGCCCUAUCACCUCCAUCCUACCAAACACCCUGGGCCAGGUCCUCUUGGUCGGGAAACGUUUAAAAUGGAUUCUACCAUCGGUCAUGUCCUCGCCCAUUAGCGCUCACCAGGGCACCCUGGCUUAAGGCAGGAAGCGUAAAUGAAAUCUCAGUCACUAAGGAAAAUAGAUGAAAAUCACGGCCAGUUUGUUCUCCCAGAUCUGUGAGCUCCAUCCACCCGGUGCAGUGACACUGCCGGUUCUUAACCUGCCAUCCUUAAAAAGAGAAAAUGGGACCAGGAAAGACAUUUUUAUCUGUGUCAAAUCACUACACACAGGUCUCUCAUAAAGCUUGGUUCCCAGACAGAAGCCCGUGAGGUUCGUCUGCACUGUGGGGCUGGCCCAGGCAUUUCUGGGAUGGAGACAGGAGAACAGGCGCAUGUUGAUGAAGGUCAAGGCAAAGCGCUGGUCUGAGAAAGCCCGCUGGACCUGGUGUUCCCAUCUGCUGCUCAGGUUGCUUGCACACACCUGGUGCAGGUCUGUCCUGGGAGCCUCCAGCUGCAGGACCCGGGCCUCCCGGCAUCUCCAGCCCCACGUGCACCAAACACACAGUGAGCGCCCGGGUGUGUAAGCUCGGCAGCUGACACCAGCGCUCCUCGGACCCGGCAGGGCCAAGUGGAUGGAUGCUGACUCUAAGUGACCUCUGCCCAUGACCCAGAGCAGCAGUAAAGCUCUGCCACACCAGGGUAGGGGUUCAAGAGGGUGGCCCGCCUGCUAAGACUUGUGUCAGGGGGCAGAGUCCCCAAACGACCUCAAAGCACAGGGAUGGGGGCCCAGACUGCAGGCGAGUCCACACAAGCCCCCAGGAAGUGAGAAACACCCUGGGACGGGUCUGGCCUUCCGAAAUCAGAGAACCCAUGUUUGAAUCAGUCUUAUCUGGAGCAUGGCUGCCAUGUGCACCACACAGGGUUUCUGCUGAAACCAGCAGCGCGUUGCCAGGUACAGCCCAGGUCAGAGUCGGCUGUGAGAGGGCAGUCAGCCUGAGGGGGAUGCCCAGCCGUGUGGGACAGAGCCUGCUAGAGGCCCUGCAGAAUUCACCCCCACUUCUUCAGUAGCCACUGAACUGACCUUAACUGGGGAAGCAAUGUGUUCCGCUAAGAGACUGUAUUCUCAGUCCCAGCCUUCCUUGCAAUGAGGUGUGGUCUUGUAACUACAUUUUUGCCAAUGAAAUGCAUGGAAAGUGUGGAGGGGACUCCUAGGAAGGCUGCUUCAAGGGACCGAAUGCAGCUGAAGGACCUUCUGCCCUUCCAUCCCUCCGACCCCCACCUCUUUCUCUUCUCUUCUGUAAGCCUGGAACUUGGCUGUACUGGCCGGAGCUCCUGCAGCCUUUUGUACCAUAAGGUGGUCUUGAGGAUGAAAACCACAUACUGAGGAUGGGGAGGGGGUCCUUAAUGACACUGGAGUUGCCAUAGAAACUCCAGACUUCCUGGCCCUGGGAUGCCUUCAUGUGAGGAAGAAAUGCCGACCCCCUUGGUCCUUUAGUUAAGGGCUGGUCCCUGUACUGGAGCCUCCUCUCCCCAGAUGCCCACCUGGCUUGCUCCCCCACGUCCUUCAGCCAUCCUGCAGAAAAUCCCCAAGGACCAAGGGCCCGCAGGCUUUCUCUGGCCACCCCACCUGCAACAACAGCCACACCCCACCGUGUGUGCCUGACAUGUCACCCGUCUGUCAUGCUACAUCUUCUCCACAGCUGUGUGCUCUGUCCAGCUCCUUCCACUAGAGUGUAAGCAUCACACACUCAGAGGUUUGAGCAAUUCCAUGCACUGCGGCACCUCAUGCCUCCACGGAGCUUGACAUUGACACACGGAAGGUGUGCAUGCAUGUCCUGGGGGCCCUGCCCAAGGCCUGUAAUGUACAGAACAGGUACAGGGCCCCUGAACCACGUCUGCACCCUGUGCACGCCCAUCGGUCAGUCUCAAGAAGUAUCUGCUGUGUGGGAUGCUGAGAUGUAGGUGGAACUCAGCUGGGGCACAGGACGCAGAUACAGGGGCCAAACCUUAC